AUAUUAAUACACGAUGAAUAGUUUAUCAUUAGCGGUAGAUCGGAUUGGCUGAUGGCCAGGAGUAAAGUGACUAGACGGUUAGAGCCACCACUUACAUGUAUACCCACCCGACCAGCCGGUGGAUCACAAUGCUUUCAUUAGUCUUACAUCAGCACAGCCCUUCAUUACGACCUGACGACAGCAGGAGACAGCGGUGGCUAAGCGUGGCUGCACCCGGCCGCCCGUUGACACAUAUGCAAACACUCGCUUGUCAGAUGCACGUGGGUGAUAAGACGGGGGCUCAUGCGGACCAGCCAACCCCCCCUUAACGGUCAUAAUAUCAGGCGAGUCUCCCUCUUCCUGGCUGUUUGUGAUUGAUGGCGCCGCGGUCUGGCGUUGACUUUUUGAGUUGAUGGCGGUCAUUAGAUGAUGUGCGCCGGUUUUGAAGGAAAUUGAAAAUGCAUCUCUGGCACAAUCGAGGAUUGUAUUAACCUUGGAUCACAAUGUGCUUGAAGACAUGAAGACGGGGACGACCUCAACAAGCUCGCCAUCAUUUAUGAUGUAGCUACAUGGUCGGUCCCAGAGUGCAGCUAAUGAUACAUGUAUCACAUUGCCGCAGCUUCCAUUCAAAUUUUGUUCGAUAAUUUUUGUUUCAUAUGAGACUACUCUUAAGGUUGUUUUGGAGAGUAGUGCUUGUACAUUUCUUCCUUUUCACCAAGUAUUCCGAAGACUUAAGGGAAAGGUCACACAGAGAUAAGAGCCACGCUCCACGGAAGAUUUUUCUCAGCAACUGUAGUAGCUCCUUUUGUGAAGGUUGAAGGGACGUAACACUGAAACUUGAGAGGCUGUGGCUUUGACAGUCCAGAUCAUUUUGGCUGGCUUCCCUCAGCCUGGCACGCUGCUCUUUUCUAUUUUGAAAUCAGACCCGGGCACUGAUUAAGUGGCAGCACCAGAACCUUCUCCAUUUGAGGCUGGGCAGAGGAGAGAGAAUCACAGCUUGGGCACCAAGCAGAGCUGGUCUUUCCCAGUGAGCAGGCCGUGUGGAACUCUGUUGACUUAACAAACCACGGCAAUCAGGGGAGCUCCCACAAUCAGGGGAGCUCUCACCCUCCGACCGCAGUUGAACCGCUGGACAGGGGACAGAUCACAGCAAGAAGUCUUGUCAUGUGCCUGGGUCUUUGGUUGCCUUUGGUGUGAGCAGAGCAACUCGCCUGGAUCAAUCCACCCAAGAUAGCACGGGCCUGGGAGCUUAAAUGGGAUGCACAUUACCGGUACAUGUAGCUGCGGUUUAGUUGUACCUUAGAGCAAUUCCACUCCAUCCAUGCAUUGUCAAUGUGUAUGCAUGCAAACUGUGUACAUGUACAGUACUGGGCAGCUCACACAUUGAAACUUAGCACCGGGCCUGUUUUUCAUUUGAUCCCUUCCGAUUGACCGACAGCUAUUUUUCCUCUGGACACGGGCCAAGUUACUCCCCAGAUAUCGGCCUCCCUUUUUAAUGUGGCUUUCAUGAGAUGUGCAGAUAAACUGAAUCUUGCAGAUUGUUUCUUCGCCGUCGGAAGAUCGCAUCGCGCUUGAUGUCAAGAUUUUACCCCUUCAUCUUCACAACAGCAGAGAAAUACUCCAAUGUUGGGGAUUGAUGUCUCAAUUUCCUGUGGGAUUUGAAAAGAUUCCCAUCACUCAUCUGUAUGGGCUACUUUGGUUCGGUGGGGCUGAGUAACGCAGUCCUUCGAAGAAGCUGGCCGACAUCAGGCCUUGCGACUUACAUGUACUUUCCCCAUUCCAAAAACCAUAGCCUCAGCCUGUAGGAAUCGACCUGAAGCGGAAGACUCUUGGCCUUUGUCGACUGUAUCUCUGGAGGGUUAUCACGCAGCGUGUAGCAUGACCAGGUGAUCGAGCAGAACCCAGGAGGGGGAAAAAGACGUCGUUUGUCUGGUUAUGUUUCAUCGGAUCAGAUCUUGCAUCCAUCUCCUCCCCGAUGUCGUGCUCUGCGGGUGUAGCGCUGGUUGCGGCCGUCCUGACUAUUCUCUGUCGGCAAUCAGGCUGCGAUCUCGGAUUGACAGGCAGCGCGGAUGAAAAUGGGGUUUGCGUUGGAAACGGCAAUGGUGUGUCCAGCUCAGUGGACAUUGACAAUGAUGACUACCACUACCAGUCACUGAAGGAGCGGUUUGAAGGUUGCACCUUCGUGGAUGGCAACCUGGAGGUGAAGUUCAUCCGGCAGUCACACUUCAACAUGUCCUUCCUGAAGGACAUCAAGGAGGUGACUGGCUAUGUACUGAUCCUGCUGUACUACCCGGCGGUCCUCUCCUUCCCCAACCUGCGCAUCAUCCGGGGCUCCACGCUGUACGAGGGUGACCUGGCGCUGUAUGUGGCCACCACUUACCACAACCGGCUGCCCGAGGUGGGGCUGCGGGAGCUGCACUUCCCCAAGCUACACGAAAUCAUUAAAGGCAAGGUCAAGUUUGUGGACAACCGUGACCUCUGCUAUGUCAAAACCAUUGACUGGCAUGACCUGCGUCCAGAUCUAGAUCCGUGGUACUCGGAUCAUGCCACAUCGUGCCCUGAAGAUCCUCCUUGCGCUCCAAACUGUCCUGGAGGAUGUUGGGGAAGUGGUCCCGAUAUGUGCCAAGUGUUGACUCGUAAAAACUGCAGCGGGACAUGUGACUACCGUUGCCGGGGACCGACGCAGGCCGACUGCUGCCACCGUAGCUGUGCGGCUGGCUGCACUGGACCAAGUAACAGAGAAUGCCUGGCCUGUCUCAAGUUCACCAUGGACGACCAGUGCGUUGAGGCAUGUCCGCCUCGCACCAUAUACAACCCGGAUACGUUCCAGAACGAGCCCAACCCGGACUUCAGAUAUGCCUACGGGCCCAGGUGUCUCACCAAAUGCCCCGAUAAUGUCUUGGAGGAGGGCGACAACUGUAUCAACGAGUGUCCCACGGGAACCGUUGAAAGCACAGUACCGGGAGAAAAUAAAUGCGUGGAAUGUGAUGGCCCCUGCCCCAAAGUGUGUGAUGGUGUUGAAAGCACCCUCUACAGAGAAGACUUCAUCAACGGGUCGUUGUCCAACUGCACCAUCAUCAAAAAGAACAUCUUCAUCGGCACAUCCUCGUUUGAAGGGGAUCCAUUUUCGGGGAAGCAAGGCAUUUCUAUGGAGUUGCUGGAGCGGCUGAGCACGGUCCAGGAGGUCAAGGGAUUUGUGUCCAUUCAGGGGCACCACGUCCACUUCACCAACCUCACCUUCCUGCGCAACCUGAAGAAGAUCUACGGCCGCAAGUUGUAUGGCAAUAUGUCUGAUCAUUUUGUACCCAACCCACCACCUCCACACUUUUCCAGCAUCGAUGGACCAAAGCAGUACUCGCUGUUCAUUAAUAGCGACUCGCUUGAGUCGCUGGGGCUGACGUCGCUCCAGCGCAUCAACAAGGGGAACAUUCUCUUUUACGAGAACCCCAAGUUGUGCUAUGCCGCUGAGGGCAUGUGGGACAGUAUUAUGAAACAGCCCGGUCGGCAAACGGUGGAGUUUUAUCAAAAUAAGGAGCAGCAAGAGUGCAUUGCCGAAGGUCACGUCUGUGACCCACAGUGCGCCCCCAUUGGCUGUUGGGGGUCAGGUCCCAAGCAGUGCGCUCGAUGUCAAAAUGCGCGUAUUGGCGACACGUGCAUAGCCGGGUGCAACCCUCUGUCACAGUAUGUAGCAUCAGAAGGCACCGAGGACACCCCAACCGUCUGUGCUCAUUGUGACCCAGAAUGCAAGGGAAGAUGUCGCGGACCGGGCCCCCAAAACUGCACCGAGUGCCUACAUGUGAAAGACGGUCCCUUCUGUCGGAAAGAGUGCCCCAUCUCCAAGUACCCGGACGAGGACGGGGUCUGCCAACCCUGCCACAGCAACUGCGUGGUGGAAAAAGGGUGCACCGGACCAGAUAACAGAGUUGGACAAGGGGGCUGCGUUGGUUGUCAUCAGGCACUGGUUGAACAAGAUGGCCUGACAGUUUUGGAGUGCAUGCCGGAUGGUGCACAGUGUGGCAACAAUUCCUUCUACUACCAUGUUGGAGAGUCUAGCAACUUGCCGCUCCGUGGCUAUUCGCUCUGUCAGAUGUGCGAUCACAACUGCCUGGGUUGCCAUGGGGCAGGCCCCUCCAGCUGUAAGCAAUGCAAGCGAUACAGACGGGAGCAGGAGUGUGCAGACGAGUGCUUUGCCCACCAGUUCCCCGACCAAAAUGACACCUGUCAGAACUGCCACCGCGAGUGCCGCGGCUGCUCCGGCGGGAGCUCCCCCUAUGACUGCAUCCGCUGUCAGAACUUGGAAGUGCUUGAAAGCCAGAAUGUGACCUACUGUGCCAAGGAGUGUCCACCUGACUACCCCUACAACGAUCGCAACUCCCACUGUGUGGCCAACUGCUCGGAGAAUGAGUUUGCCAACAAGAACGACGUCUGCAUGGCCUGCCACCAGCAGUGCCUGGGCGGCUGCUUCAAUGACCGCCGCAGCUCCUGUUUCCAGUGCCGCAAUGUCAAGCACGGCCGGGAGUGCCUGGAGAAGUGCCCGGAGGGCUUCCUGAACAGCAGCGGAGUAUGCAUGAAAGACCCCUCCCUGGAGAGUACUCGGAAUCCCCAGAAAUCCGGGACACCUGUUGGCACCAUUGUGGGUAUCACUGUGUCGUUAGUGGCCAUUAUCAUAGUCGCUAUCAUUGCAUACAUUGUCUACAAUAGACUGACCAAAAGUGGUUACAUCCCACCAGCACUGGCUUUGAAGGACCUCCAAGGGGCCAACUAUGGCAACGGGCCCCUGACUCCCAGCGGCGCCGUCCCCAACCAGGCCCAGCUCAAGAUCAUCAAGGAGACGGAGCUGAAACGAGGCAGUGUGCUGGGUUCGGGGGCCUUUGGCACCGUCUACCGUGGCCUGUGGAUCCCCGAGGGGGAGGCCAAGAUCAGGAUCCCCGUUGCCAUCAAGGUGCUGCGGGAGGUCUCGCCGCAGGCCUCAGAAGAGCUCCUCGAGGAAGCCAAAGUGAUGGCGUCAGUCGAUCAUCCCUACCUCCUGCGGCUGGCCUGUGUGUGCAUGGCCCAAGAGAUCUCCCUCAUCACGCAGCUCAUGCCCCUGGGAGCCUUGCUCGACUAUGUGCGAGAGCACAAGGAUCGGAUUGGGUCCCACCAUCUCCUGAACUGGUGCUACCAAAUAGCCCAGGGCAUGGUCUACCUGGAGGAGAAGCACCUGAUCCACCGUGACCUGGCUGCGCGGAAUGUCCUGGUGCAGACGGCCCAGCAAGUCAAGAUCACCGACUUUGGACUGGCCAAAUUUCUGGACGUAGACGAGAGCGAAUUCCAGGCCCAGGGAGGCAAGAUGCCCAUCAAGUGGCUAGCCUUGGAGUGCAUUCAUCACAGACGCUUCUCCCACAAGAGUGACGUCUGGAGUUUCGGUGUGACCAUGUGGGAGUUGAUGACCUUUGGUGGCAAGCCUUAUGACGGUGUCCGAGCCCGAGAUGUACCGGACCUCUUGGAGAAGGGCGAAAGACUUCAACAGCCACCCAUCUCAACAAUCGACGUCUACAUGCUAAUGGUGAAAUGCUGGAUGCUGGACGAAGAGAGUCGGCCUUCCUUCAAGCAGUUGUCAGAUGAGCUGGGCCGCAUGGCCAAGGACCCACAGCGUUACCUGGUCAUUCAGAACGACGGUGAGGGCUCACUGGCCGGACUGCCAAGCCCUGUCCCCAGCGACUUCUACCGGUCGUUGAUUGGCGACGAGAUCGACGGCGCCAAGGCCACGGAUCUGCUCAUGGACGCCGAGGAGUACCUACAGCCGAUGAGCUUCAACAACCUGGAGCACAGGCAGCCCCCCAAUGAGUUCUUCCCCAGCAGGACAAGCGGUGCUGAUUUUGUGGCCGGCGGGCCUCCGAUGUCCCCGACCUAUCCAUACUCGCUCAACUCGCCGCCGGCCAAGGUGAACCCAACUCGCAAGGAUAGUUCCAUGCGGUACGCCCCGGACCCCACACUAGCCCUGCUGCAGGGAAGGCAGAACAGCAACGAUGGAGCCACGGCUGUCCAGAUUGACGACGAUUACCUGACACCAAGCAUCAAGGGUGACUACCAUGACCUCACCAAGGACAAACCUAUCUUGGAGGAGCCCCAGUACCAGAAUGAUCCCAAGUUCAACAGCCCACCGCUGCCGGAGGACACCAGCUACCUUCCCCUCAGUGCCAGCAGCUCGGGCCCGCCCUCAUCUCCGCCCCCAGCCGAAGCUCCACCCACUGGGAUGGGAGUGGACAACCUGGAGUACCACGCCCUGCUGGCAUCGGCCUCCCCACCGGUCAUCCCAGGCAAUCCUUGGAAGAGGCCCCAAGAGGCCCAGCUGGACGAUCCGCGCUACAUGAACGAGGAGCAGAUGGGCCACACUCAGCCGCUGCUGGCCGGCGAGCAACCGCGCCCCUUGUACUCUCCAAGCCACUCCAGCAGCCGGCCGGGCAGCUCCAUACGCAGCAACGGCAGCAGCAGUGUGGGUGUCAGGUUAUCUGGCGCCGCCAGCGACAACGAGCUGGAACAUGACUACAUCAACACCGACUUACCCGGAGUCCGAGGUGAGACCAGCAUCUAAGAUGGUCUUGGAAACAGUAAAUGCAAAAGAGGUGUGUAUAUAUUUGAGGGAUAUAUGCAAAGCGGUGCUGUUUACGUCACUCACAACAAGUACUGGAUGGCUUGAUCUAUCAAAGUGUGUAUUUUUCGGGUUAAAUUGGCGCUGGAGAAGAGACUAUAUUUUCAACACAGGUAAGAGGGAAUAGUGGAUGCAGUGCCUAUUGAAAUGUAUCUACUUAAUACCCAGAGGAGGGUCAUUGUAAAUGCUGUACAAAGUACUUGUAGGAUAAAACUUCCAAAAGGACGACUUCUUGCAGUUCAAAUGCGCAUAGCAAGCGAGCUGCCUUGUGGAUUUGAGGAUGAAUGCCAGAGUGCAGUAAAGCAGGGAGCCAGGCUAGAUCACCAGCUGGCCAGCUGUCCAAUUCAUACAGCAUUGGUUUGCCUGUUGGGUAGUCAAGGAACCGGGCCAUGAGAGUAAAGCUGCGUAAUUUUUUUAGAAAUGUCUGUGUUCUGUUUUAUAUCGCUUGUAGAGUGUCCUAGGCUGAUUUUUACUAGUCUUAUUAUUCAUCAUGUUUUUUAUGUUGUAAAAAUGGCAGAAAAGAUGACUUUCAGUAUCACAGGAUCAACAUGUACGACGUACUACGAAAGAGAAAGGAUUUAACAAAGGUGUAGGACGGAAAUAAAUGGUGCUCUGAUCCGAGAGCGUCCGGAAGUGUUUGCAUUUGCUUUGAAAUGGUUUUUGCUCAUUUGGACUGAUGUGUGAGAUAGAGUUGGCUCCAGUGUGGAUGCAUUCGAGUUUUGUUGUUGUCGGGUUCUGUCCCGUAACGAAAUUGCUGAAGUCGCACCAGCAAAAGAAGUUAUCGAGUAUGGAAGGACAGACAGAAAAAUGAGAGGGAAAAAAAAUCAAACUAAACUAACACUACAUAUUGAAAAACGUGUAUUUGUAGACAGACCGGAAGAAGAGGGGGUCCUUGAAUAUGACCUGGGUGCAAGUCUGUUUAGGUUCUCUUUUUUUAAUCGGUGCAAUAUUUGUGCCACAUGUAACAUUGUCCACUGCAAUUUUGAAGGUUUUAAAUAUUGCUGAAGAAUUUGUGUUGUAUAUUUGAUAAGGCACAGGUAUGCCUUUUGUUCCGAGAAGUUGACCAACUUUUUUUUACGAUAAUCUUAAAGGGAUCAUAUCUUUUUUAAAUGUGGAAGGGUCUGGUUAUGUUUGAAUGUGGUUGGUCGUGCAAGACUUUGAAAUAAACAACUCUGUCAUUGUGAAUGUCUUAUCCAUUUGCUCAUGAACAGCAGAAACGAAAGCAAACUUAAAAACCCUCAGAAACUGAAUGGACUUAAAGGUAUUUUUAUCAGACUUGAAGCACUUUCUGCUGGAAAUGCUUGUCAAACAUUGUCUAUGCAAAUGCGAGUUGUGUACGUUUUUUCACCAAUGACAUCUUUAAUUCCUAGAAGGUGACACAUGGAGGGGACAAGUGGCAAUAUUGUUUGGAUGAUUUUUUUUGUCAAAGUGACAAAUUAAUGGCUUAAAAAGAAAGUGGUCCCUUCUUGAGCAGUUAUUUAUUGUGAUGCAUCAUAAACUCUAUCUUGUUGUGCAUAAUUUUUUUUUUGGUAAAAAAAGUUAUUAAAUAAUUCUUUCCGUGCGUGUAAGUUUUAUUUGCUUUUAUGUGUAUGUAAUGGGAACAUUUUAGCAUGUAAUUAGCAGCGUAAAAAUGACUUUUAAACUUGUGUGUAGAUACGUACAUAAUGGUAUGAGACUUUUCAUAUAUUUUCUGCAGCCAUCCUGGUAUAGUUCCCAGAAGUUGUGACAUGGGUUACUAAAUGCUCAAUUUGUUAGCACCAGCCUGUGUAGCCGGUCAGUUUAAACAUCUACAGGCAUCGCAGUGGCUAUUUUUGAGGGUUUGGGUGUAAAAACAAAACAUCUGGAAACAGUAAUAUUGAACUAGAAAUUCAACACUGCAAACAAGCAAGAAAGAAAUGUACCAGACUGCCCAAUUAGCAAUUUAUCAAAAAAAAAAAAAAAAAAAAAGCAUUCAGCCUUAAAAUGUGAACAACAGACGUACACAAAGCACAAAUUUUUCAUUGCCAAAACUGUGUAUCGAAUUCCAUAAAUACAUGCUAUCGCUGUGAGGGCUGCAUAGGCUACGUAUAUCAUCUUUGGGCAAGCACAAAUGCAACAGUGUUUUUUUUUUUCUGAACCUGUGCACGGAAUGCACAUUUCAACAAUGUGGAAAUUGUUCUCAUUUAUUAAAAGUGGAGUUGUGUUUAGUAUUUCGCAUUGCUUUUCAGAUAGGGGCAACUUUUGUUCAAGUGCAUGAGCAUGUCGUCACGUAACACUUUAUUAAAGAAUGCAAUUUCCAUGUACACAAAUGCGAUUCAGUUCUUGUUGAUUUCUACAUUCUGUUCACCUGAGAGUGCACAUAAAGUCCCACUCAGCCUAAGACAUAUUUCGCGAUAUGUCUUAGGCUGAGUAGGACCUUAUGUCCAAUCUCAAAUAAACACGUAACGUUUUAUUAAAGAAUGCAGUUUACAUAUACACAAAUGCAUUCAGUUCUUGUUGAUUUUUACAUUCUCCAUUUCUUCAAGUAGUGACUCUUCUGCCUGCUCUUAUUUCAGGUAAACGUUUUUUUGUGUGUGCCGAAAAGUGAAGUUUUAAAUAUUGCUUGAUGAGGAUUCCAAGCACCCUUUGCCUCACAGACAGACUGUCUCACGUGCCAGUCGGCUUGUUUUUCCUAGGAGAAUCUGUGUAGAGAAAAAUUAUUGAGUUCAGUGAAAAAAAGAAAAGAAAAACAAGCUCAGGAUAUGCAAAUUUUAAAGCAGUGAUAUACAUAUUUUUGGUUCUUUGUUGUACAUUUUCCUUUUGUAAUUUAUUUCUUGUGUCAGGAAUUUUGUAAUUAACAAGCGGGGAUCAUCCGAGGAGUAUUUCUUGAGACAGUAAUUGUUGAUAUAAUUGAUUCGAAACGACCCAAGCAGUAUUAGUUACAUGUGAGUACUCAUUUUUAAAAGUACUGUUUGCUUGUAUCAAAGAGAAUUCUAAGGGUAUAAAAGUGGUAAAAUUGAUUGGUUCAGAUCUUCUGAUGAAAACAAAUCGCGAUAGUAAGAGCAAUGGGAAGCACUGAAAUUCAUACAACUGACGGUCUAUUAAAAUUGGAAUCAGUGAGGUUAUUUUGUUUUUCUUUCUUGACGUUUUUCAAGUCAGAUCGUUGUUCAUUGUUAAUGACAGAUGACAUAAAUAUUAGUUCAGCUGUUUCACAUUUUGGAGAGCGUCUCUGUUUCUCUUUGUUCUGCUUGUCGGGGAGAAAAAAAAGCCUUUUUUGCAAAAGAUGCUUUGCGUGAUGACGCCAAACCGUGACAGAACACAGAACUCUGUAAAACAGAUUCAAACAAAUCGUAGCUUCCGCCGUUGCUCUGGCACCAGUCUCGUUAAAUCUUGCAAGUGACAGUCUGCGGAAGAAUUUGCUCUGCUUUCAGAACUCAUUGUUUUCUUACAAAAUGCUGCCAGAAACAAGGAUGUUUAAAUUAUUUUGGAUGAUCCAAAAGGCAAACUCUUUAUUAUGUAGAGACUUGACUUGUUCCAAACCUUUAAAUGCAUGAUCUACGUAUGCCAUUUCAAAGCGAUUCUAUUUUAUAAUGUAUAGAGAAACACAAUGUAACCGCCAUUUUGUUUGGGCCCUAAAGGCAUAAAAAACCCCAAAAAAUUUAUAUAUUUGUUUGUAUAUUUAAUGAAGAAGUACUGUGGCUCUUUGCUAAACACUGCCAGGGUGAAUAUUGUGAUUAUUUGUGUACUACUGUCAUAAUUUUACUUUAUGAAGAUUCUGAAGGUAAUGAACCGACUGUAUGUUAUUUAAUGAGUUUUGUUUCUCGUACUAAUGCAUAUCAUGUUAUCAAAAUUUUCUGAGCUUGGGAACUUCGGCAUGGAAUAAAAACACGUGUAAAUAUUUUAAAGUCA